AUGCAGACCGGCUACCGCCCUUACCCGCAGCAACAGGUGCCGCCGCAGCAGCAGCAGCAACAACGUACUCCCCAUUCGGCCGGACAGCGACGAGGAGGUAUUGGUCCUAUGAUGUCGUCCGGUCCUCAUCAUCAGGUUCCCCUGACUCAGGCGCAAAUCGCCCAGCAGCAACAGGCCGCCGCCAUACAAGUCGAGAUGGCUAAGCGGCGCAGCCGCAAGCCAACCGAUAAGAACCUUCCUGAUAACAUUGACGACUGUGCCGUCGGUGAUAUGGCGGUGAGAUAUCGAGAGCUUAGGGAUUUCGAGAGAAGACUUGAUGCAACUAUGACGAGAAAACGCCUCGAUAUUGUCGAUUCGGUAAAUCGAAGCGUCAAGCGCUGGAAGACGCUUAGGAUUUGGAUUACCAACACCGCAGAAGAUCAAGUCUGGCAAGGGAAUGGUCUUGUCGAUACGUUUGAUUUCAGUUCUAAUCUAGAGCCUACUUAUCGCAUCAAAAUUGAAGGACGAUUGUUGGAUGACGACGAUGAUCUCGACAAGGAUGAUGAUAGUGAAGAUAAUACGGGUGAAUCCGACGACGCCGACCGCAUGGACGAAGACAUAAAACCGAAGGCGAAGUCUCCGAAAUAUAGAUUCUCUCAUUUCUUCAAGGCCUUGAGCGUAGAUUUUCCUAGCAAUAGGAAGGGUAUCGACCAGGUUGUCGAAUGGAAGAAGCCGGAACGUGCUGGUCCUUCGUCGAGUCUUCCCGCUGCUGCCGACUUCGACGAACUAACCUUCAAGCGGAGCGGAGACGAGAAUCUUAAUAUCACGAUCAAUCUCUAUAGACACGAGGAGCCUGAGCGGUACGCGGUUAGCCAGGAGUUAGAAGACAUAGUUGACAUGUCCGAAGCUACACGACAGGAAAUAGUGAUGGGGAUCUGGGAAUACAUUAAGUUGAUGGGGCUACAAGAGGAUGAGGAAAAGCGCAAUUUCCGGUGUGAUGAUUUAUUAAGAAAAGCUUUUAGCAUGGAAACGGGGUCGAUUCCUAGGCUGCAUGAAUAUAUUACACCACAUCUAAAACCCCUACCACCGGUCAAGCUUCCCUACACCAUCCGACUGGACGAAGAGUUUCACAAAGACCCGCAACCGACCGUCUACGAUGUCCGUGUCGCUGUGGAUGAUCCGUUACGCGAGAAGAUGUCUUCGUUCCUUAGCAACGCUGGUUACGCCAAUAUGCUGAAGGAAGCUGCUUCUCUCGAUGACCAACUUGCUAUCAUAAUCCACGCAAUUCACGUCUCCAAGGCUAAGCAUGCCUUCCUAACGUCUCUUAGCGAGGACCCUGCUAUUUUUGUAAGGGACUGGUUGAGUUCACAGAAGCGUGAUCUCGAUGUAAUUAUGGGAGAAUCGAUGAGAGGCACCGGUGAAGAUACUACUGGAGACGAGUGGAGAAAGGGAGGCAAGGAUAGCAUCUGGUCUACCGUCAACGCUCGCGAAAGCGUUACGGUGAUGUUGUCCAAGCAGUCUGUCUUACCGCAGCGAUAG